UGCCGGGGAAGUUGCACUGCUGCAAAAACGGUGUUGUUCGCGAAGGCGUGUUAUAAUACUCUACACUACUACUAAUACUAAUUGAAAAGAAUAAAUAAAAAUAAAAUACAACAAAAACGUGCACGGUGAACAAAGUCAGCCGCAACGCCAGCAUCUGCGUUAACUGCAGUAUUCCGAUCAGCGAAAAUAUUAAAAAUAAAAAUAAGUUAAAUACAGUGAUUAAAAACUAAGGACGCGGUUUUUGUGGAAAAGCGUUGGAUUCAGUUGAUGGUGGUGGAACACAGGCUGCUGGAACAUCAGGUGCCGGUGGUGGGGGCGGCGGCGGAGGUGGUGGAGGCGGAGGAACUCGAAACACAACCAGUUCGGGCAACAUGUAUGCCACCCGCCAAGCUGUAGGCGCCUCAACGGGGGUACUUAUGGUCGGACCAAAUUUUCGUGUUGGUAAAAAAAUUGGCUGUGGUAAUUUCGGAGAACUGCGUUUAGGCAAAAAUCUGUACAACAAUGAACACGUAGCAAUAAAAAUGGAGCCUAUGAAGUCAAAGGCUCCGCAACUACAUUUAGAGUAUAGGUUUUAUAAACUAUUAGGAUCACAUGAUGAAUGUCCAGAGGGUAUACCGCGCGUGUAUUAUCUGGGCACAUGUGGUGGCCGUUAUAAUGCCAUGGUAUUAGAGUUAUUGGGACUGUCCUUAGAAGAUCUCUUCAAUAUUUGUUCCCGUAAAUUUUCUCUUAAGACUGUACUGAUGAUAGCUAAGCAACUUCUCCACCGGAUCGAAUAUGUUCAUAGUCGGCACUUAAUCUAUAGGGAUGUGAAACCAGAGAACUUCCUCAUAGGCAGAACAUCGACGAGGCGAGAAAAAAUUAUACACAUAAUUGAUUUCGGUUUGGCCAAAGAAUACAUUGAUUUAGAUACAAAUAGGCAUAUACCAUAUCGGGAGCAUAAAUCUCUCACCGGCACCGCACGCUAUAUGUCAAUAAAUACACACAUGGGCAGAGAGCAAUCAAGACGCGAUGAUUUAGAAGCAUUAGGACAUAUGUUCAUGUAUUUCUUAAGAGGUUCACUGCCGUGGCAAGGCCUUAAGGCUGAUACACUUAAAGAAAGAUAUCAAAAAAUUGGUGAUACAAAACGUGCAACACCCAUUGAGGUGCUUUGCGAUGGACACCCCGAAGAAUUCGCAACUUAUUUGCGUUAUGUGCGGCGAUUAGAUUUUUUUGAAACGCCCGAUUAUGAGUUUCUGCGAAGACUGUUUCAAGACUUAUUCGAUCGUAAGGGCUAUGUGGAUGAUGGAGAAUUCGACUGGACAGGGAAGACAAUGUCAACGCCCGUCGGAUCUCUGCAAACUGGCCAUGAAGUCAUCAUUUCACCAAAUAAAGAUCGUCAUAAUGUAACGGCUAAGACAAAUGCCAAAGGAGGUGUUGCUGCGUGGCCGGAUGUGCCAAAACCAGGCGCCACCCUGGGCAAUCUAACACCAGCCGAUCGGCAUGGUUCUGUGCAGGUUGUGAGUUCCACAAAUGGCGAACUGAAUGCGGACGAUCCCACAGCUGGUCACUCAAAUACUCCUAUAACGCAACAGCCCGAAGUGGAGCUUGUCGAUGAAACAAAUUCAUUCCUGUGUUGUCUUUGCAGAUGUUGUUGUUUCUUUAAACGAAAGAAGAAGAAAUCAUCACGUCAAAAAUGACUAGACGGUGUCCAAUGUAGUCCAGAACGCGAAGCGGUAACACUGCUGCGCGCCACUUCACAUUCAAAUUCACGGGAUAGCGUAUUGAAUAAUCCUAGUCAGGAUUAUAUACAGCAGGCAACGUCACAGCAUACGUUGCGGUAUCCUCCAUCCGCGUCGAUGUUGACGCCAACACCAACUACAAACACACCGACACUUCCGUUGUAAUUUAUAAAUACAUACAUGCAUACAUACAUACUGCAUACCGCA